CAAACGCGUUUAUUUUCCUUCUGUUAAUACCAGAGGUGACUUCAUUGUCAAGUCCAUUUAAAUACAAAGAGGCUCUCUGUCUACCUCCACUAUAACGAGUGUUGUUGUAGUAUCGGACAGCUUGUUACAUCAGUGUGUACAAUAGAAGUAUCUCGACGUUGUAUGGUCAUUUCCGGUGGAAAUUUCCAACGAAGAUCAAUCCGUGCCCUUUAAAAGAGAAGCACUGAAGAGCUUGCACCUCACAGUAUUAUACAGACAGCGACUAACGUAGGACUGUGCUAGCAGAGAGGACCACCGUGGAAAAACAAAAAAUAUUUGCAGUAUAAAGCGUACAACGACAGUGGAAGAACAAUUAUAUUCCUAAAGCGACAAUAACGAAUAAUUUCGUUCGUGCAGCAGUGUUGAGCUUCUACAAACUCCAGCCACGAUGUUCAUGCUGACGCCCCCUACUGGUGUCUUCCAGCAUGCCAAAAAAUUGUUUCUGAGUGAGCAAGCAGGCCAGCUCCAGGAGUUUGCACGAAAAAAUGUGGCCAAUGCACUUUCUGUGGCGAACAUGGUGAUGGGACUGUGCUCUAUCCUCUGCAGCCUCAAUGGGCUUCAUUACGCUGCAUGCUGGCUGCUUCUGGUGGGAUACCUCCUGGACUUGGCUGAUGGAGCCGUUGCUAGGCAACUCAAUGCCUGUUCAGCUCUUGGAGCUCAACUGGAUGAUUUUGCAGAUUUCACCACGUUUGGCAUCGCCACGGCGCUGCUGCUGCAGGCACAUGGUUUACUAGAUGGCAUUCUGGUGAUCUUCUACGUUCUGGCUGUUUUCACUCGUCUCUGCUUUUACUCUAGCGGCAUCCCCUUCAUGUACCGAGGGCUGCCCUGCCCCUAUGCCUCCGCUAUCCUGGCCUGCACCAGCCUGCUGACAGGAGCCAAUGUGCUGGUGCUGCGCAUCACUGCGGUGCUGAUGAUCCUCUUCAUGGUGGACCAUGGAUUCUACCCCCACGACAAGGUGCUGGAGUCCCAGGCCUGGAAGAAGAUUGUCUAUGCAGGCGGCGUUGUCAUGGUGCUGUGUUCUUCAUUUCCCUCGGCUUGUGUUUACUACCUAAUAUGGUCAGUCUCCUACAUUCUCUUCCCAGCAGCUCUCUGGAGUUGUAAAGUGUAACACAAACCCCAGCUAGGCUCCUCCUCAUUCUAACCUUUCCAGCAAAAGCUUUGGCUAAGGAAGCUGAGCCAGUGUUGGAUAGACUCCAUCAUGAGGCAGCAUGUCACCAUGACAACUAAAGACACAUUAACCUUCGACCUGAAUAGGCUGCGACAGUCCUCGGUCUCUUUUUUUAUUGAAGUGCUGAUUUUAGGAUUUUGGUGUUUUAAAAACUCUUCUGUAUAGACGAUUGUAUAUGUAUGUUAAUUUGGUGGUCUAAUGGAAUAUGUAUCCAUACAAAACUGCAUUUUUAAAAGUCUUUAUGUUAAACAGAUUGUAUAUUGCUUCUGGAUUCCUGAAGGAGGUGUAACUGAUAUAAUUGGGUGGAUAUUUAAGGCAGUUGGUGAUUUGCUGAGCUACAGCUGAGAAGUUGGAGAGAUGGGCACAGUUUACUAAUCUGACACCCCUCACACAGGCCUUAGUGUUAAAGGCCUUUUAAUAGAAUGUAACAAAGGGAUGUAGCCUUUAUACUUGGACUUUUUCAUUAUUUUGUAUUAAACUGAACAUACAAAUGUUUAGCAGCUGCUUAAAGACCUAUGGUGACCCUUGUACAAUUUUACCAUAAAAGCAUAAUCACAAAUAGCAAAAAAAAAACAUGGGAAAGGAUUAAAAAACAUGUGAAAAGCAUGGGAAAACUGGAACCUUUUUUACAUUGUAUUGACAGCGUGUGCCCUUGUGUAUCAGCAGAGCCCUGAAUAUGUCAUUAUCAGGCAUAUCCACAGCGUGCAAACUUCCCAAAGCCAGUCACUGCCCCCCAGUGUGAGGAGGCACAUUCAGGCGUCUGUCCAGAAAACUGCUGCUUCUCAUCUGUGUCUCUGUGCAUUUCUUCUUGAUAAAGGGAUGUGCUGUUUUUCACUGUCGUUGCAGAUGCAGCACAGAAGAUAUUUUUCCCCCGAUAUGUAAGAUAUGUAUAUUUUUUUAAGAGUUGAAGGCUGUAUUAAAAUGUAUAUUUAUGUGAUAUAAUGUAUAGUCUAUGCCCACUGUGAAUGAGAUUUAGGAAGGUAUACCUGUAUUGGGACUACUGGGAGAUGAAACAUGAUUGGCUAAAGUUCAACUCCACUAUAGAGACUAGAAAUCAUCUCGGUAGCUAUGUUUCCAUCAACAAGGCAAACACAUUUCUAGCAAACUUGCACAAUUUCACACAAUAUAUGCAAAUCUUAUCAUACAAAAACUGGAUUCUAGCGAACAGACACUGUACGUAAUGACAUCACAAGUUUAAAAAAAUGGUGAUUGUAUAAAUGUUUUUGAUAUGAACAAAAAAAAAAGUUUGCAUUUCCAUCCAUUUUUUUCCUAUUCACUUGCUAGACUAGUGUGUAAACUCAAAUGAAUAACCAGCCUUGCUGCGCAUUCUGGUUAUAUAACGUGUUGCUGAAAAUGGACCAAGAAGGAACAAUGUAUUUUCAAGAAUUGACUGAAAUUGGACAACCGUUGAUUUUUUUAUAUAUAUAUAUAUAUAUAUAUAUAUAUAUAUAUAUAUAUAUAUAUAUAUAUAUAUAUAUA